GGCCGGGCAGGACUCGGAAGAUGGCGGCGGACGAUCGGUGCCGGUCUGAGGCGGCUAAGGACAAGCGGCGGGAGCAGUUAAACCGGUGGUUGGGGUCGGACACGGAGCGGAGUGUCCCCCCGGGGGGCCCCGGCACCUCCCGCCGCCCCCCGCGGGUCCGCUUCGCCCAGGGAGCCGUGUUUAUGGCGGCUUGUUCGGCCGGAGACCGAGAGGAGGUUCGGGAACUGCUGGCGGCCGGAGCCCCGAUCAAUGGCACCAACGUGGACGGUCUGACAGCCCUGCACCAGGCCUGUAUUGAUGAGAAUAUAGAAAUGGUUCAGUUUUUGGUGGAAAAUGGCGCAACUGUGAACCAGCCGGAUAAUGAAGGAUGGACCCCCCUUCACGCGGCAGCGUCUUGUGGUUUUGUGAACAUUGCACAGUACCUGAUUUCAAAAGGAGCCAGUGUCGCUUCUGUGAAUAGUGAGGGGGAGUUACCACUUGACGUUUCACACGAGAGUGCAAUGGAGAAAUUGCUAAAAAGUGAGAUCAAAAAGCAAGGUGUGGACCUAGAUGUAGCACGGAGGGAGGAAGAGGAACUCAUGCUGAGGGACGCACGACUUUGGUUAAAUAGUAGAAAAGUUGAGGACUUGAGGCACCCAACUACAGGUGCCACAGCUCUCCAUGUUGCAGCAGCCAAAGGGUAUACUGAAGUAAUCAGGCUACUCCUACAACUGGGGUUUGAUGUGGACGCCCGUGACUUUGAUGGUUGGACGCCUCUGCACGCGGCCGCUCAUUGGGGCCAGUCGGAUGCAUGCCGUCUCCUGUGUGAGGCUCUCUGUGACAUGGAGGCGAUCAACAAAGUGGGGCAGACACCAGUUGAUGUUGCUGAUGACAGCGUAGAGUCUACAUUGGAAGAAUUAAAGACUAAACAGAGCGUGUUGCGCCUGGAGAAGAUGAAAAAUGCUCCACAAAUUCUGCCUCAAACAAGCCCUCCCAAUCAGAGUGCUAGCAGCAGGACUAGAAGGAGUUCUAUUUCUCGUCUGAGCAGCCAGGAGAAGGUUGCACUUCAUGUGCAGGAUAAAGAACGCAGAGCACAGCACCCCCCCGUAACAGGACAUACCGCGCAACCCAUUGCUUCCAGUUCUGAUGCCGAGUCCGGCUCUGAUGCUGAAUCAGAAAAAGUGAAAGCGCAAGAAAGAAUUAAUAAUCUGAAUAAUCAGUUGAGGAAUCUUUCAGGGACAGCAGCAAAAAAGCCUCCUGUUACACAGGAUCAGACAAAAGUGGAACCCGCCUUGGGUUCGUGGCGAGCCUCCUUAAGGAAGACUGGUAGUUCUGGCACUCUGAGUUCUAGCACUGCAUCUGAGGAAGGGAAAAAAGCUGCAUUACCCAAAUCUGCUUCCAGUUCCCAGUUGUCAGAGAGGGACAAGACUGGAGCUGAACUUCGUAUGGCACGAGUGCCCCCCAGCCAGAAAUUGCUUGGUAAUCAAGAGAAUACACGAGAUCCGCUUGGGCGCGGGUCCUUUGUACGACUGCGUAAUGAGGGGGAAGAUGGAUUAACUUCACUUCGCAGGCAAAGAGGAGAUCCCCUUGCAUUGAAAACAGAAACACCUGUUCUGAGAAGAGAACCUUUGGCAAAUAAGCCAGAAAUCUCUACACGAAGUGCAAACACUGUGCCAGCCAAACCAGAUGCCACCGUGUCUGCUCUCAAUUCCCUUGGAAGACGCACAGAAAUUCAAAACUCCACUACCACAAAUGCGGAGACGACCCCCAACACUGAGACCAAAGAGAGGCGAAGGUCUUAUUUGACUCCUGUGAGAGAUGAGGAGGCUGAAGCUCAGCGCAAAGCCAGGUCUCGACAUGCCCGUCAGUCUCGACGAUCAACUCAGGGAGUGACACUUACAGACCUGAAAGAGGCUGAAAAAGUGAUCAAAGGACAACAAGAAAAUCAAAAGGCUGAGGCAGAACCAGUGAAAACCCAAGAAGAGGAGAGCAGCAAAGACAGUCUGUCACGAGCCCGGAGCAGCCGUGCAACGAAUGAUGAUGGGACUGAAGUCAGCUGGAGAGCAAGAAUUGCCAGUUUGCAGAAAUCGGACCUCUUGGGACUAACCACACCUGAUCCAACAACUACUCCAUCUUCAUCCACCAGGAGGGGAGCAGCACAGACAUUGGAGAACAAAGAGAUGCAGAAAUCCCAAGAGGAUGAAAAGGAAAGUGAUGAGAGAGGAGGGAGAAACAAGGCAGGUGUGCGGGACCGGAGGAGGCCGAGAGGAAAGCGGAGAUCCACGGGGGUCCCAUUAACCACCAAAGAUUGUGAUGGAGAGGAAUCCGAAGAGGAGGAUGUUGAAGAGGAGAGACCGCGUGCUCAGGUAGAUGGACUUGGCUCUCGAUCAGAUAAUGUUUCCAAUGCACAUACAACAAGCCGCGGUGAGACUGCAAUAGGAGCUGAACAUCGGGACACAAAAGACUUUAAGAAACUCUAUGAAGACUUAAUGAGAGACAACGGCCGCCUACGUUCCCAGCUGCUAAACACCCAAAACCUGGUCAGCGAGACGAAGGCAGAGUUGGAAAGAGCAACACAACGACAGGAACGUAGCGUUGACAGAUCUUUUCUAAUUGACACAGAAAAGAAGGAAAAGCUCAUUUUGGAGCGCAGAAUGUCUGAGCUACAGGAAGAAUUGAAGGUCCUUGGAGAUCUGAAGGCUGACAACCAACGUCUGAAAGAUGAGAAUGGGGCCCUGAUUCGUGUUAUCAGCAAAUUGUCCAAAUAGAGCAGCUGUCUUGGGUCUGCUUCCUGUGGUAGCUGGUGUUACCUGCUCUCCCACUUUUCACAUGUGUUGGGACCACCCAGGACAUAAAUAGAAUAUGAGGAUUAGAUGGAGGGGGAAAAGGAUGUGAUCGUAUCUUCUCUCUCCUGUCACUUCAACCCUACCUUUUCACACAGCCACCCUUUCACCUGUCCAGGAAUUUUCACAUCAAAGGUCGUUUUAUUCUGUGGAGAUGCAGAGGAAUGGACAAUACAAUCAUCAGAGGGGGAUUUUAGUUAUGGUUUACUGUGCACUAUGUGCAAACAAGGUCAACCCGUUCAAGCUUCACUAGAUCCAUCCUCCGUAACGUGUUGUUUAUUUUUAUU